CAACGAAACCGGCGUCAACCCUCAAACCCUCAAACCCAGCAGAGUUUGAUCGCAGAGCUCAUAAAACCCCGCACAAAUAACAACCGGCCGCCAAAAUGAUUGUCCCCAUCCGUUGCUUCUCCUGCGGCAAGGUCACCGGUGACCUCUGGGAGCGCUACAUGGUCAUGUUGACCCAAGAGAACAAGCUCGAGGUUGAUGCCCUCGACGAGCUCGGUCUCACGCGCUACUGCUGCCGCCGUAUGAUCCUCACCCACGUCGAUCUGAUCGAGAAACUCCUCAAGUACAACGCAAGCGAACGAGAACAGGCACGCGCCGCACGCCAGGGACGGUAAACGUCGCACGCGACCUCGAAAUAGCGAUACUGGAGUCUUUAAGCAUUUACAUGGCGUUCUUGGGAGGAAAACAUUUUUGGACAAGCUUGGUUUUGGAAGUUGUCACAUCAGAGGCUGAAGUCCUACGACCGUAAUAUGAUCAGCCUCUUAUGCGUUGCAACGACUAUUCUACCCAUGAAGCCGUGUAUUUCCAAAAAACAUGUGCAUAGAAAGGCAAAGGUAGGGCCUUGGUUUGGAGCUAGUAUUUGACAUUCACGGGACUCAAUACGAUGGCAGGUGUGAACACGGC